AGAUAAGCUAGGUAUACAGCCUAGGUACCCCAACAUUAUGACUCUAAGGAUUGGUUAUGUACGGGAGCACUUUUCCUCGCCCCUCUUGCAAUUUGCAGAAGCAGAUGGCGGGAAGACGUUCACGCUGGUAGAAUGCCCCAGCGGAACUGGUCAGCUCAUUGGCCGUCUAGAGAAAGACGAGAUCGAUGUUGCUAUUGCACUCACGGACCCUCUCAUCUCCGGGAUUGCGAAGGGCUCAACGGCAUACAAGCUUGUCGGAAGCUAUGUCACGACCCCGCUCAACUGGGCGGUGAUAACUGGGACGAACUCGCAAUACAAGGAUAUCUCCGAUCUCAAGGGCACGACUAUCGGCAUCUCGCGAUAUGGCAGUGGAAGUCAGACCAUGGCAUACGUCAUGGCGCUGCAACAAGGCUGGCCGACCAGCGAUCUGUCCUUCCAGGUGAACAACGACAUCCGCGGCCUGAUCAACUCCGUGAACGACGGGUCCACGAGUGCGUUCAUGUGGGAGUGGUUCACAACGAAGCCCUUCGCGGACGCCGGCGAAUGUCGCUUCAUCGGCUCGGUGCCCACGCCCUGGCCGUCCUGGCUCAUCGCCGCGCACCCCACGCGCGCGCCUGCGGAGGCCCUGCGCCCCUUCCUCGCGACCCUCUCCGAGCACGUCCGCGCGUUCGACGCGGCUGAGCAGCGUGCAGGCCCAGACGUCGCCUUCAUCAAGGACAAGUUCGGCUAUCCCGAGGCGGAUAUCCAGGCGUGGCUGAAGACGGUCGGAUACCCGCCCAGCUGCUCCGAGAUCCCGCGGGAAGUUAUUCUGAACACGCUCGAUGUCCUCCAGAAGGCCGGGUUCGUGCAGAGCCCCGAGGGCGGCUUCGAUGUCGCGCAAUUCGUGAAUACCGAGAUCGCAAGCCUUACUUAGAGGAAACGUGCGUGGAGAGAAGAGGAAAGGAAACCAGACUCGCAUGGCAUCAAGAUCGCAUGUACGACUAUGAUACAACUACCAUUCGCCAUUUGCAGAACGGCGCACCUAACCGUAUCGAAGGAGGUGUCAUUACGCAGCUGUACCUCCGAACUAGUAGUGUUAGUGUGUAUGUGAGUACGAAUGGCUACAUUGUGC